AUGUACCUUCAGUUUGUAAGUAUUCCUCCGUUUUGCUGCAUUCUACGUCUUGUUUAGCUCAUAGAACAGCAGAACAUUUUGGCAAAUAACCAAGUUUCAAAUUCACACGGAGCCAGUGUCGCACAUAUGUCAACAUGGAAGUAACGACAGUCUUGGGUAAAAUACCAGUCGACACGUUGGGCAUCGUUUUGACCCAUGAACACUUGCACAUGCAAUUUGACUGUGUCUUACAACCGAUUCCUGCUGCAUUCCCGUCAUACCCGACGCAAAAGGAGGACACGUUCCUCCUAAAAAAUUUGGGCCUUGUACGACAAUACCCAUACAGCUCAUCCUACAAUUGCAAACUGGAUGACGUCGACACGAAAAAUGUGAUGGUGCAGGAGCUCAUCAACUUCAAGGAGGCUGGUGGAGGGACAAUCGUUGAAAACACGGUGGCAGGAAUAUCUCGAGAUAUUACGUGGUUAAAGACCCUCAGUGCCAAAAGUGGGGUUAACAUCAUUGCCGGCACUGGUUUCUACGUAGCAUGUUCCCAACCUUCGGAAACAUUAUCCUUAAAAGUGGAAGAAAUUCACGACAUUAUGAGCAAAGAAGUGAAAGAGGGGGAAAACGGUGUCAAGGCCGGGAUUAUUGGCGAAAUUGGGAUUUCGUGGCCGAUGCAUCCUUUUGAAAAGCGUGUCAUCGAGGCGGUCGCCAUUCUCCAGCAGGAAACCAAUUUGCCCAUUACCUUUCAUCCUGGACGAGAUCCACAGUCGCCAUUCAAAAUCAUGCGAGUUUUCACGGAAGCUGGUGGCAAACCGGAAGACGUUAUCAUGUCGCACUUGGACAGAACGCUAUACAGUGACGAGUUACUCUUGGACUUUGCAAAAUUCAAAACUUUUACACAGUUCGACUUGUUCGGAACGGAAUGCUCGUACUACCAACUGCAAGAAAGUGUCGACAUGCUGUCCGACGCACAGAGGAUUGACAAGCUAAAAACCUUGGCAGAUAACGGACACUUGCGACAAAUCACAAUGUCGCAUGAUUUACAUACGAAACAUCGAUUGACGAGUUUUGGAGGUCACGGGUACACCCACAUUUUAAAAAACAUCGUUCCCAAAAUGAAGCUCAAAGGAUUCUCGCAGUCGGAAAUUGAUCAAAUUCUUAUUGAAAAUCCCAAGCGGUGGUUAUCUCGGGGAAACGUUUAAUUUUCACAUUUUAUUAAAAACACCAUUACUAAUUGAAUACAGAAGUAAAUAAAUACAUUAAUUAAGGAUA